UCUCCUCGCAUAUCUACCUGCUCCACGCUUCUUUCUCCCUUUUCCCCUUCCUCCCCCUCCAGCUAGCGGAGCAACUCACGCUCCCCCCCUCCCUUCCCUGACUCUCUCGGUUCAGCCGCCCAGCUGCCAACAUGGGUAAGACGCGCGGUAUGGGAGCCGGGCGCAAGCUGCGCAACCACCGGCGCAACCAGCUGUGGGCGGACAAGCAGUACAAGAAGAGCCACCAGGGCAACGAGUGGAAGAAGCCCUUCAUGGGCUCCUCGCACGCCAAGGGAAUUGUCCUCGAGAAGAUUGGCAUUGAGGCCAAGCAGCCUAACUCCGCCAUUCGCAAGUGCGCGCGAGUGCAGCUGAUUAAGAACGGCAAGAAGAUCGCCGCGUUUGUGCCCAACGACGGUUGCCUCAACUUCAUUGAGGAGAACGACGAGGUCCUCAUUGCUGGGUUCGGGCGUAAGGGCCACGCUGUGGGAGAUAUCCCCGGAGUGCGGUUCAAAGUUGUGAAGGUGUCGGGAGUGUCGCUGCUGGCGCUCUUCAAGGAGAAGAAGGAGAAGCCGCGCUCCUAGAUGGAUAGAGAAGCAGCACUAGAAGCCGGGUUCCGUGGUCACUCUGGACCCAGCUGAGUUGGCUUCUGGAUUUAAGAACACAAGCAGCGCUCAUGAAUCCAUGGCUGGAUGGCGAUUGGCUCAGCCCGUAAGCCAUUCUACCGUGUUGCAGCUCAUGAAUCACCUGCUCGCUCAGGUCUCCCGUUCACCUCCUCAGCGUUAACCUUCGCUCCCAUCUCCAGAUUCUCCACUCCCCACAACUGCCUUCUAUCGCCUGCCUUCGACAGUAGCCCUCAUUCCACAGGGGAAUGUAUUCAAGCCAGCUGCCAUGCCCCUCCCUCCACCCAUCUGCAUGCAUAUGUCAUGUGAUUAGUCCCCUCUAGUUGCUCCUGCCAGUGCUGCUGGGGGGUUUGCAAGUUUGCCAGUAGAAAUUUACCCAUGUAAUGCAAUGUCUUGCUAUAAUUUGGCAUCUGGUUACCACACUACACUACGCUCUGUUACCAAAACGAGGCCUGGCAA